UGCGCUUGUGUUCUGAUCGACUCAGCCUUAUCCAGGAAUGUCUCUCUCGGCUGCCCACAAACUAUAAGCAAUCUGCCAAGCUUUUGGGACUUGCAAAUUUGCUGAAGGUUGCAGGUGAUGACCAGAUGGAGAGAAAAGGACAGGUUUUGAUACUUUUAGUGGAACAAGCACUCAAAUUUCAGGAUUACAAAGCUGCAAAUAUGCACUGUCAGGAACUUAUGGCUUCAGGAUACUCUAAAAGCUGGGAGGUUUGUAGCCAGUUAGGACAAUCAGAAGGAUAUCAAGACAUGGCUGUUCGGCAACAGCUCCUAGCCUAUGCUCUGACGCACUGUCCCCCAAGUGCCAUAGAAGUGCUGCUGACAGCAAGCAAUAUUCUGCAGACUGAGGUUCUUUAUAAUGCAGUCAACUACCAGAUACGGCCUUCUGAAAAAGGAGAAAAUGUAAAUAUAUCCAGACCAUCAGCUGGAAUCAAAUUAGAGUGUCCUCUGGAGGUUGAUAACAGCUUUUCCUCUAGUCAGUCUGCUGAUCUCCUCCAGUGGACCACAGCUAAAACCAUGAAGGUCCUUUCUAACACAACUCUGACCACAAAGGCUAUGUUGCAUGCUGUCAGUGAUCGACAGUGGUGGAAGAAGUCAAUAGCUUACCUUCGACCAUUGCAUGGUCAGGAGUUUGGAGAUGUAUUAAAAAGCACCUCUGGAGCAAAUGCAACAAUUGAAAAACAAGGGUGUCAUCCAUUUUAUGAAACUCUGAUUGACAAUCCAUAUCUUGCAGAUAAUGAAAUUACUUAUACCAUGUAUGAGCAUGCUCCUUUGGAAAGCUUUGCAGAAGUAUUGCUGAGAACAGGAAAGCUUGCAGAAACUAAAAGUGAAGGGCAUGAUCUGUUUCCUGCUACCGAAGUCCUGUUACAGUUGGCUAGCGAAGCUUUACCAAAUGACAUGACAUUAUCUCUUGCUUACCUGCUUGCAUUACCCCAGGUAGUAGAUGCCAACAAGUGUUUUGAAAAACAGUCUCCUUCUGCUCUCUCACUCCAGCUGGCGAGUUAUUACUAUAGUCUACAGAUCUAUGCUCAUUUGGCACCAUGUUUCAAGGAUGAAUGCCACCCCCUUUACAGGGCUGACCCCAAAGAUUUAAUUCAGAUGGUCACAAAGCAUGUUACCAACUCCAGCUAUGCAGACUGGCCAGAAGAAAUAGCAAUUAUGAUUAAACAUCUUCAGUACUAUAAUGAACGACUCUUGGAUUUCACCCAGGCUCAAAUUCUUCAAGGGCUUGGCAAAGGAGUGGAUGUCCAAAGGUUUACAGCAGAUGCUCAGUACAAAAGGGAAACCAUAUUAGGUUUGGCAGAAACACUUGAAGAAAAUGUGUACAGUAUAGCUCUCUCCUUGGCUCAGCGUUAUAAUGUCCCACUCUGGGAAGUUCAUAUGACACACUUGGAAUUUCUCUUCAGUGAUAGUGGUUUAUCCACAGCUGCAAUAGAAGAUCGAGCAAAAAGUCUUGGUCUGUUUGAGACUCUGAAAACUGUUCCCAAAGCCUUUCAUGAGCAUAUGACCAGAUAUGUAUAUCCUAUCAUUGAAGGAAAGGAUCACCAGCGCUUACUUUACUAUUUCACACUUCUUGAGAACUGUGGUUGCUCUGAAUUUAUGAAAGACACCAUCAAACCCGAAACUCAUAUACGAUUAUUGAAGAAAUUCAAGGCGGUUGCACCAGGUCUUAAUUAUAAAAAGCUAACAGAAGAAAAUGCAAGUCCUCUGGCAGCUUUGGAUCCUAUCCUCACAAGUCAAAAUAUUCUGCCUAUUUCAAAGCUUGCUCCUAAAAUCCCAGGAAAAGAUGGAAGGAUGCUUUCUCCUAGCUCUGUCUAUGCUUCCUGGAUUAAGAAACUCUUCUGGAAUGGGGAUCCCCAUCUUAUUAAAAGAAUUCCAGAAACCCCACCUGAAUGGCUACAUUCCUAUGACAUCUGUGCCAAAUACUUUGAUAGACUUUACCCAGGAGAUGUUAUCAAUGUUCUGGAUGAAAUUACUUUUUCUUCAAAGGCUGUCACCAAACUGUCAGUUGACUCCCGGGUAGAGAUGACAAAGAAAGCCAUUAAGUCGAUGAAACAUGCAGCUGAAAAAGCUGGGAAAAGGACUUCUGAGGGGGACCUUGCAGAAGGUGUGGUUAACAGGCAAAUCACUUACAAAGACGUUUUGAAUCAUCUGCAGCAGUCCCUUGCACAUCUGGAAACACUUAGCCAUAGCUUUAUUUCUUACCUGAAAACCAGUGACCAGAAUAUACUGCGAGAAUAUGGCCAUCAAUAUGAUUUAUCCCGGUCAGAAAAAAAAAGAAUCCAUGAGCAAGCUGUAACAAUGUGCUUGGAUGGCCAACCUCUGAACAUGAUACAAAAAUUACUGGAUGUUGCCGUUGGAGAUUUAGGACUUUCACCCAGGGAUAUUGUUGAGACAGCUCUAAUCAGAGUGGUAGAUGCUUUGAGUAAAGAGGGUGAUCAACAUUCUCUUCAAAAAGAUCCUUUUCAGAUACUGGAAGACAUUGUCUCUGCUGUCCACACAAGUGCUGAAAAUGGUGAGAAUCUGGUGUCUUCAGAUGAUCUGUUGGCUUGGCUUAGGCCUUUCUGUGGAGAUGAGUCUUUACCAGUGAAGCCUCGCAUAAAAGUGCUACAGAUUUUGGAGCAAGCCUUUCACCUAAGCGACGAGGACAGCAAGCUGCUUGUGCUAUUCAGAACACAAGCUGUUCUCAGAGCCUGUUGGCCCCAGACUCAGGUAGAAAUAACAGAGAUUGAAAAUGAAGAAAAGAGGUAUGCUCUCGUCAUGAAACUUCUGGAAAAUAGUGAGGAACAUGAAGAAUUCCAGCAUUUAGUUAUGCUCCUGCAAGCUUGGCCACCUAUGAAAAGCCCAAAUAUAACAUGUCCAAGUAAUAAUCUUUGGCUUAAACUGGGAACAGUGAUGCUUAUGAAGUGCCUACAGGAGCAAAAGAAAAGUGUGGGAGAUGAAAUUCUGAAGAUCUGCCGCUCUUUAUACAAGACAAAACACAAGCUCUCUUCAGAGUGCAUAAAAAGCCUGUGUUUGCUGCUCCUGAAGGAAUCUCUUCUGCUACCCUCUCUAAAGCUGCUUGUGGAAAGUGGAGAUCAAGAUCUGCACUUCAUGGCACUAGAGCAGAUAACAGCAGUUGCUAAGGUUGAUGAUUCCAGCUGUGACUCUGAAUUUCUUUCUUUGCUCCUGGAUGAGAAAUUAGUAGUGAAAUGCAUUCCCACAGUUUAUUAUUCUCACCUAGUUAACUAUCUGAUCACCAAUCAAGAGGAAGGACAAUGGGAUAUAAUAGAAAUAGCAAAACAGCUGCAAAAAGAAGGCUUUGUUGCAGAAGCAGGAUCACUCCUGAUGGCCUUUAAAGGAACGCAUCCUGCACUCCAGACCUAUGGUGCAGCUCUGACCUCUCUUAGGCACUGGAUUUAAGUGGGAAGGCACUUCAAGUUGCAAUUGAUGCCUCAAAUAUGAGUUGCUCGGCUGGAAAUCUUGCUGAAGAAAAGUAAUAUGGAAAAAUACACUUCAAGUUCAUCUUUGCUCAGUACUACAUGAAAUUGUAAUGUGCAUUUUUAACCUUUUCUUGAAUUGGUUCCCAUGUGCAUUCAAUGUGACCCCUGAACAAUAUUCUAGUAAAUAUAUAUUUUCCAGUUUUCUCAUAAUAAAUAAUUAUCAUAUAACACACAGUCAUUGUAUAAAAAUAUAAUUAAAAAUUAAGUUGCGUAGAACUAAUAAUCUCACAUUAAAUGGAAAUUCCUGAGGAAGAUACUUAAUAUGUCAUUGCUGUUUGGAAAUUUAUUAAUUUAAUUUCUGUUUUAAUUAAAGGCUUUCUUUUC